UCUUUGGCUGGUGUACAUAUAUAGUGUGUACUACGACGUUUAUAUAGUGAGUAUUGCAGUUGUGGGUGUGCUGCAUGACACACUAUUUAAACGAUAUUGAAAAUGGCAGCUGUUGCACGAUCAGCGAAAACAGUGAAAAAGCUCGAAAAACCUCGACCAUUGAAAAUAGCUAGCCAGAACAGAUACUCCACUGUAGAUGGAAAAAUAUCAUCAGUGGAGGAUAUAAUGACCCUUGCAGAGUCUGUAUGUUCUCAGUUAACAAAUGGAAACUGUGACCACCUAUUGCAGUUAAAUGUCGUGAAUCUAUGCACUAACUUAAAGCAAUAUGGUCAGACACUGGAAGGCGUUUACAAAGAUCAGUUGGAUAGAUGUUUUGUAGCUUUCAGGAACGGCUGUAAAGAUGAGAAAGUUGACUAUGUGUCUAGAAUUCACCUGUUAGAAAUAAUAGAAUUAAGAGCAAGAAACUGGGUGUCCAGUGACGAUCUGAAUAAUUAUUAUCGUCCUAAACUGAGUGCUGUUGAACAGGAAGUGCUGCCAGUACCAGAUGCAACAGGACUCUCUCUUUCUCCAACAGCGUUAGCCCAAGCAGUCAUUACCCCAACUACACCUCAACCGUCAUUGUUGAAUCCAGGGGAAGUUAUAAAAGCCUCGGGGAAAUUUGCUAAACCAACAAAAAUACCAGGAAAGAAUUAUUGCAAAGAUGAGGUAGUUAUAAGGAACUCGGAUUCGGGAAAAGUGAUGGGCAUCAAAGGGCGCAGAGUCCACAUGAUAGAAGAGCUGAGUGAAACGAUCAUAUCAUUUCAGCGAGUUAAUCCUGGUGCAAAGGAGAGGCUGGUGCAGAUAACUGGUCCCAAUGAAGAAAAAAUAAAUUACGCAAAGCAUUUAAUAGAGGACACAAUAAGACGCAAUGCCUCACCAGUACGUCUCGAACAUGAAAAAGAAAGGGUUGGUGAUUCAAGUAGCAGCUUAAAUAGUAGUGCAUCAGAUGAAAGCAAUAGACUUUCCACUCUUGGUGGAGGACGAAGUAAACUUUUACAUAGCUUCUCCACCAGUGAUGCAACUCUGGAAUAUAAGUACACGGUGACUGUUGAUGAUCAUACAAUCAAGAUAACUGGUGCAAAUUUGGAUCUAGUGCUGACUGCUAAACUUAUUUUGGAUGAAUUCUUUUAUGGAGAACAAGAACGGCCACAGGUUUCAAAAGAAUGUGAUGAUGGUUCUGAAACAGAAGCAAGUGGUCCACAUGGGGACAUAGUUGAUGCAACUCCAGUAGGAAGCAGUAGAGUGGAUGGGAUUGAUAGUGGUGCAACAAGUGAGAGUGAGGAAACAUACAAAGCUCCUGCUUCCAGUGCAGCUAUGAAACUGGACUCCUCAAAUAAUGCAUUUGUAUCAGUGAAAGGAGACACUUCUGCUCAAAUGAAUGUGCUCAGGCACCGGAUAAUGGAAACUUGUGCUAAAGAAACAGAGCUGCCCAACCGACUAGCAGACGUAGGACUUAAAAGUGGUACAACUUUUUCAUCCACUACAAACAAGCCAUUUUCAAGAGACAGUACCUCUGAUGACAUUAUCAUUAUAGAUCUCACUGAGGAUGGAGAUGAUACAGAUAUAGCAUCACCUGCAUCUCUAGUAACUAACAACUCGAGUGUUAUUCGUUCUCAGAAAGAGCCUUCGUACCUGUAUACACGUGAACAGCUUCUGCGUUUUUCAUUAUCAAAGUGUGUAAAGAACUUGCCAGAUGAUUGGGAAAGGAUCUGCAGAGAAUAUCCAGCAAUAGUAACAAAGCAAGUGAAGGAAUACAAGAUCAGUUUCUCGCAUGCUGUUGCUGCAUGUUAAGUGAGAAUGCUGAUAUGUUUGAUCCUGUGGCAUAUUCGAAGAAGUGGCAAGAAGUGGAAGUAGUCACUGCAGUCAUAAGCUCUACGGAAGUGGAUCCAGCAGAUGUUGAGUGACAGAUGAUGACUGAAUAGGUUCACGUAUUCUGUACUUCUUAUUUUUACAGUGCUUUUCUUUGUUUUGCUUGUAAAAUUCAUGAAUCCGAGACAAAAUUAGGAGAAUAAAUAUUAUUCACACCUCUCAUUCUGAUCGUAAUGUAGCUGCACUGCUGUUCAUGGCUGAACUGAAUUGACAAUUCAGAAUUAAUAAUUGCUCUUCAUGGGUACCAUCUCAUAAGGACAGGGCGAGGGGGAAUAAGUCACUUUACUGUUAUUUAUUUAUUUUUUAUUUAUAUAUUAUUCAUUUUACAGAUUUAUGUGCUGUUAAAUUUCUUAACAUUGUCUUUCAUAUUGUGAAAUGUGAAUCUCAAGACUCUUCUAGAGAUUAGUUCGUGCAUUUCAGUUUUGUUGUUUGUACCUGUAUAGGUAGCCAAAGAACAUUUUAUAUUCUUUAUUACAUUGAAAAUAUGGAAUGGAAGUCAAACCUACAUUUGGAAGGGGUGAGGAGCAAGAUUGCUAGUCCUACAGAAGAUUUUUAAAUAAAGAGAUCAUGUUAACGGAGUUGUUUAUAAAAUACACUUCCUUGUGGCACUUAAAUUUUAGUUAUGUGUUUAAAUGACAAUAUUAGUGAAUUUAUUUUAUUGCAAGCAAUUGGGUAACUUGUGAAGAUUUUUGAAUGCAGUCUUUCUAAUAUUGUACAUAAAAUACAAGAAAAAUUGACAGUUAAAUUACUUUUGCUGAUUUUU